AUCUAAGUAAGAAAAUUAACACUGGGCAUUCUGAGCGAAAUUUAGAUAAUUUCCAUAAUUCUCUAAACGUAUGAAUUUCGAUGAUGAUUGUAUGUCACGAAUAUGACAUUAGAUAUGCGCAUUAUGUACUAGCGUAAUUGUUUAUCGACUUAUGGAAAAUUGCAGUUUAUUAUUUUUUAUUUGAAUUGCUUCAUAUUAUUUUUGGUUAGGAAUGUUAACAGUUUUGCUAUUUAAUUUUACGAGAAUUUAUCACAGUAAGGAUCUUUUUGAUCCCUUCAGCUCGGUAAAUAACUGUGGUUCAGACUAAUGGGGAGCGGGUGAAAGCGCCCAUGGGAAAACCGGAAAAAAGAAUUAUAAGACGUCUAUCGAAGGACUAACACAAAAAAUCGUAAUUUUUACGAGCACAUAAGAAAUUACGAAAUUAAUGUAGCAAUUUGUUAUAUUGUAACACAUAAUCCAAUAAUAAUAGUUUGAAAAUUUGUACGAAAAAACAAAAUAUUUUUCCGUUUUAACCAGCAAUGAAACAUUCUGUUUUAUAGCUUGUACUUAAAGCUUGUUAUAAAUUAUUCCACAUCGGUAUCAACCAUCAAGACAAAUGACAUUCCGAGCAAGGAGGUCUGUGCAGGAAAUAAUUCACUGCUACAUGAGCACACUGCAAACCUCCGCGUCGCCCUGGCAACGCUAAGCCAAACAAACCACAUUUCUAGAAUACCAGCAACCCAGUUUUUUAAUUGUGGCGCGUAAGUGAACAAGAUUAAAAUGGCAGUUCGAGUUCUUGGUUUCGAUGUCGGAUUGGGUGUUUUUUUAAUCACAUUUCUCUGGUUUGUCGCUUUGAUUUUGAUUGUAAUCUUUUAUCGAAUCCAAACCAUCCUUUCGUUAGUCUUUACCUGCUUGGCAGCCGUUCUGACUGCUAUAUUUUUGGCUCUGCCACGAGCCGAUCAGAAAGAACACGAUGGCCAUCCUCUUAUUAACACAAUUAGCGCUUCCCAGUUAGAAGUGAUUGACUCAGUCUUCUUAGGCAGAAUGAUGAUUUUGAGUGCUUUAACUGUGAGUACUUUAUUGGGAGUAUCCCUCCUGUUUUAUUUGGAAGUGGUUCAGCAAAACAGGAAAACUGUGGCAGGAUGUCCAAUCCAACAAGAAGUUUCAACAAGCAAAGAGGAGCUGAUAGAAAAUAUCCGUUAAUAAAUUAUCACGCAAUAUUUAUGAAUUUUUUGUGUAACGAAAUGUAUGCAAAUAUAAAACAUGUUUAAUUUCUUU